AUGCGCAUAAGUCAAGGGGGUUCAAGGUGUCACACUUACUCUUACCUAAUGCACCACAUUGCUCCCUCACUUGCAUUAACCGCCAGACCAAUAUCCAAUGCCCAAAAUCGAUCUUUACGAGCUAUUGUAAGCCAAUUUGACUUCUUUGUGUUCGCUUUUUGGUAG